UAUAAAGUAGUUGUCCCGCUGCAGGCACCACAGAGCGGAAGGUGCACAAACAAAGAUGUCUCUGGGGUCUGUGAUCGUGUUGCUCAGCCUCUUGGCGUCCGCCAGUGGACAUGGUCGUCUGAUGGACCCACCUUCCAGGUCUUCCAUGUGGCGCGUGGGCUACGACACACCCAAAAACUAUAACGACAAUGCUCUGUUUUGCGGAGGCUUUCAGAACCAGUAUGGUCCGCAAGGCGGCAAGUGUGGGAUCUGUGGCGACCCCUAUCAGGGUCCGCGUGACAACGAGGUUGGCGGCAAGUACUACAGCGGGACCAUCACCAGGGUGUACAAGCAGGGAGACAUGAUAAAAAUCGCCGUCGAGAUAACCGCCAACCAUCUAGGCUGGUUCGAGUUCAAGGUCUGCCCUGCUGAUGGCAGCAACAAGGAAGUCAGCCAGUCAUGCCUGGAUAAGCACGUGCUAACGAUCGAAGAAGGAUCAGAAACAAAGUACUUCUUGGGCUCGAAGAUUGGCUGGGUCAACCUCCGGGCAAGGCUUCCUCGGGAUGUGACUUGUGACAAAUGCGUUUUUCAGUGGAAGUGGCACACUGGCAACUCGUGGGGAGUGGACCCAGAUGGAACCACGGGCAUAGGCUACGGACCGCAAGAGGAGUUCUACGGCUGCGCUAACAUCGCCAUCCAUUCCGUUCCCGGGUCCGGGUCCGGGUCAGAGGUCACCACACCCGACAUGAUCCAGUCCGCCACUCCCAGCCCAGCAACGACGCGUCCGGUGAUCCCGAUUGUCGGCACCUGCUUCGCGGUCAGCCCCAUGUGGAAGGGGCAGCCCCAGCUGGACCAGUGGUGCGACUACAACUGCAGGAGAGGGCAACUGUCCGGACGUCUGCGCAUGUCAGUGAAGCUUCCACAAAGCCUGACAUAUUCGGCAUCUCCUUCCCGGCUAGCUUUUUUUGUGUAGGUCUCUCGUGUGGUCAUUCACCAUUCGACAUGGGACGGGACCAGCGCUGGCAGUCUGUCUCUCGUCUCCAUGACAACCGAAGUGAAACACAGCGAAAGACGCUUUUGCAGCAGUUCCGCGGUUUUUAUUUGUUUGUUUUUGUUGUUGUUGCUGUUUUAAGCCAUUUUGCAUGAAUAAAGUGAUCAUUUUAUUGUUGCUUGUAUAGAUGUUGUUAAAUUAAACAUGAUGUCAACAUAAAAACUUCCUGACCUUCUGUCCGAGUUGAUUGAGUUUGCGGUGAAGCAACAUUUAGCGCCAGCAACAACACUUGCGACUCGUUGAUGAACGUCUGUUGUCAUUCAAUCUUUGUUAAAUACCACGUGAGGAUUCUACAGAAUAACAUGCACAUAUACGAAAAUAAGUGUAGCAGAACAGCAACAAGUCAAGACCGGAAUGUAGAUUAACCACGAAAGACCGACUACACAUUUGUCUACAUCGUCAUCUGGCUUAGACCAUGCUAAGCAAACUUUUGUUUAUUUCUAAACAAUGAUACCAGAUAAACUGCAUUUUUUUGUUUUGUGUUGGUAUGCUUAUUUGGGUAUUUUUGUAGGUGGGUAUAUUUAGUGCAGAUAGAUAUUUAGGAUAUUUAGAGCAUAUACGCUAAAAUUGUGAAACAAAUGAAUGUCACUGUCGUGUACUGUCAGCAAAGAGAGAACAUGAUUAUUACAAGAUCAGAAAGUGAGUUAACGAGAGGAUUGGCCUCUCGUGAUUGUCCCACUCGUGUGUCCAUUCCGCAUCUUGCAGGGAAAACAGUACCCUUUCUUCAAAAUUACUACAUCAGCAUCAUUCAGAGUUCACUUACUGAGAAAUUUUCAACAAGAAUGCUGUGGAAUAGUUUUCUGUGUUUCAAAUUACUUUAUUAUUAGUGAUGGCUACUCUGCCAUUAAUGUCAUUUUCUAUCCCAAAAGAAGAUAUUAUAUUUCAUUCCCAUGGACAGAUAUCCAAAUCAUUAUUCGCUUUUAAAGAAAAAAAAAUUACAUCUGCAUUCUGAGGAUUGCUUUCUUUUAUUUAAUAAAAGCUUGUUGUGUCA